CUGUCUUGUCACACGUGUCCGUCACGAUUGACGUAACUUACGGUCGCCAUGACAACCGCUAAACAAUGUUUAAGGCGCCCCUAAAAUCGACCUAAAUCAACGUUGUGAUUCUCAACAAGCGUCUCACAUUUAAUUAAUAUCGCAUGUGAACACAUGUGAAUGUGAAGUGACUGCCUAUAGAAUCCCGAGCCAAUGCCGACGUAACACGAGACAGAUCAGCUGAUCCUUUACCGCGACGAUUAUCGUUGGGUAAUUACCCACUCAGCCUUUCGAGAAAGUGGUUUUCACCUUGUUCUCCGCCCACGCGAGUAUUGUCAGAAUCAAUCAUUAGAAAUGCGUUGAAACUGGCCGAACGAAAACGGUGGAAGACGCGAAUCCGAUCGAAAAUCGUUUAUGGAAAUGUCAUAUCAAGAAAAAGAGAGAGAAAUGAGCACACAGAACGAUGUGAAAUCAGUAUUAUCCAGUGCAACCAAUGAUGAAGCUUCAACGAGAAGUGCAAUAUUAACCGUUGGACUCAUCUUCAUAGUUUCAUUGACUGCAUUGUCUUAUGUAUACAUGAGCUUUCCAGAAUUAGAAGAAAAUGAAAAACAAUACAUGAAACUGCCAUUUCAUAUAGAAGAUGCCAAGAAUCUAGGAAAGUUAUUAGAACGAUAUAAGGACCUAUAUUAUUUCCAAGUACUGGCUGGACUGUUCAUCACUUACAUCUUCUUACAAACAUUUGCCAUUCCCGGCUCUAUCUUUCUCUCAAUCCUAUCAGGAUUUCUGUUUCGCUUCUCAAUUGCAUUGCUACUCGUGUGCACGUGCAGCGCGAUUGGUGCCACCCUAUGCUAUCUGCUGUCUUCUUUACUGGGCAGACGAUUAGUGUACCGAUAUUUUCCGGAUAAAGCGAAAGCGUGGACCAUCGUUGUGAACAAACAUCGCCAUAAUCUGCUGAAUUACAUGCUGUUUCUAAGAAUGACGCCAUUGCUGCCGAAUUGGUUCAUCAAUUUGGCCAGUCCGGUGAUUGGCGUGCCAAUGAUACCGUUCACCAUUGGUACCUUCUUCGGCGUCGCGCCGCCCUCAUUCGUCGCUAUACAAGCAGGUCAAACUUUACACAAACUCACAUCAUCGAGCGACGCAUGGUCGUGGUAUAGUAUAAUUAUUCUGUGUGUGUUCGCGCUGCUCUCUCUAGUACCUGUGCUAUAUAAGAAGAAGCUCAAGGAGAAGUUUGAGUAAGAGCUACAUCGAUGAUGCUCUUAUAAGGAGACAUUCCGACAUUAUACAAAAAGACAGAAGCAUUUUGAUUGCGUUUGUCAAGAUGGAUCAAACCAUCUCCAUUAUUAGAGAUUCUUAAAGAAUCUAAAAAAAUUAUAAGAGAUGCGAGUAAUGUUGAGACAAUGAUCAAUUAGAAUGUCUUCUCAUAUCAUGUAAUGCAAAUAGCAUUUGACACAUUGCAAAUAAAGUCAUUAGCAUACAUUUGGA